AUGGAAAAUCGUCAAAGAAUAACACUCUUUGAUCAAAUGACAUCAUCCAGUAACACAACAAGCAACACUCGAAGCUCACUUGCAACGUUAAUUCAAAACGACGCCGUUUUCGCUAUUCAAAAAACCCGAAACCAAACUCUCUUGGACAUUAUACGAGAAAGCGAACCCAACAACGUUGUUGAAAACAGCAAUAAUACAAAAGAUCGAAAAUCGUGGAAAGCUUUUAAGGAAUUACUUCGUCUAAAGCGGCGUAACUCGGACGAGUCAACUCUACAACAAGAACAACAACCACAACAAAACGAUGUCGUUCGGGAAGAUCUGAACAAUUCGGAUCCGGUCGAAUUGCCUCCCGGCGGCGAAUCCUCCGAUGAGGAAAUUAACGUUAAUAGCUCGGAGACGGUGCAGGUUAGUAUGUCGCUGAUGGAUUUGUUAGAAGAGAGUGAAAUUGAUUUGGAUCGAAUUGAUGAUGUUGAUGACGUGGACGAGAAACGAGAAGAAGAAGGAGAGAAUGUUUCGGUGGAACGCAAUUGCUGCGUGUGUAUGGUGAGGCAUAAAGGUGCAGCGUUUAUACCGUGUGGACACACGUUUUGCAGGAUGUGUUCAAGAGAGCUAUGGGUGAGUAGAGGAAAUUGUCCUCUUUGCAAUAAUUUGAUUUUGGAAGUUCUUGAUAUUUUCUAA